AUGAUUUUCCCUUCGAUCCCUGAAAACCUCCCUCCCCCCCUCUCCUCCCCCUCUUCUGUGUCCCCGCUCUACCUGAAGGCCUUGGGGACCAACAGCACCAGUGGCAGUAUUGAUCCAUACCUCUCUGGUAUCAAAACGGGACUUUUCUCAGGCCGAGCGCCCUCUCCUGCGGCAGCGUUUGCCCCUGGCCUGAGGAAGUACCCCCAGGAGGGAGCGAAGACCUCCCUGACGGCCUCCUCCAGCCAAGCGAAGGCCCUGCUGGUGAGCCUGUCCGCCUCCGGUUUGAGCGCUGAGGCCCUGCUCCUCUCCUCCACCCUCCGCCAUCGCCGCCUUCUACGUGAGCAGCGAGCCUCCUCCUUGCCCCUGCCCAGCAGCCGCUCUACCCCCACUACUCCCACCGCUUCCUCCCCCUCCCCACCCUCGUCCUCUUCACCCACCACCCCGACUCCUGCCCUGUCUCCCUCCUCCCCCGCCCCUUGGGGUUCCCUCGCCCUCUCCCCUGCGGCUCCCAAACCCAGCGGUUGUAGCUCCAGCCUCAACAGCUGCAAGGAGGGUGGCAGCGUGCAUGUAAAUACGGACCUCAACUCUCGGUAA